AUGAAUGUUUUCAGUAAUGACAUAUCGAGCAGAAAUAUAGGCGGAGCACAAAACAUUGAUUCUUUUAAAUUACCGACUAUUGAUAGCACACCAGAUAAUACAUCGGUCAAAAAGCUCAAUAUUUACGAAAUAAAUAGCCCUAAUAACAAUUACAUUUUUCGACCAAGCUUACCUGCAGCAAAUAAUAAAGAGAAAAUCGAUUUGAAUGAUGACCUAUAUCACUUAGCUAAUUUAAUAGAUACUCAGGAUGGGAAGAUGCAGAAGGCCAUACAUUUGUUACGAGAGCAUGUGAAAAGCUACAACGACUCCACAGAGGAUAGUAAAAUUUUAUUGUUUGAUUUAACUAUAAAUAAUAAAUGGAACCAAGUUGAUGAAUUGAAAGAUUUUGGUAAAUAUAUUAAUAUUGUGCAUCUACCACUUCCGAGCACCUUAAUAAAAAGACCAAGUUUUAAUUUUAGGAAACUGUUAAGAACCACAAUACCAGAUGUUAAUAAGAAAAAAGAGUUGAUUACAUUAGUACGAGAUUCAAAAAUCUUUCUUAUAUACGAUGAUAUCAGCAACGUAAAUAGCUGUUUGAUAUCUACCUACUGGUUUAUGAAAAAAUUAAAUGAAUUUACUUUGGACAUGCAUGAGGACAAUGACAACAAUAACUCAGAUCUAAUGGACAACAAAUACGGCAAUGGUAUCUCAGAGAUUCAAACUGUAAAUAACAUCCAAGAUAACAAGAGUACAGAAAUAAAACAUAGUGAUAUGUAUAUAGUGACAUCAGAUGAACUGAAGAGCAAUCUAGCUGACCCUACAUUGGAAACAUCACAAAAUCACUUAUUUACAAAUGCAAAGGUUAAAUUUCAUCAAGAAUCAAAGGGUUCUAUAAAAAAUAGAUUGAAGAACAUGAACUUUAACCUUACUAUUAAAAUACCCCAACAUUCAUCACCAAGUGAUAAAACCUCUAUGUUUUUAGGUUCAAUUAAAAAAGACACUAUGAAUUACUCUCCAACUUCACUUGAUAAAUAUUUUAAAUUAGAUAUUCCAAAGGUAUUAUUGGACAAAGCAAAUAGCAAAUAUAUUCCAAACUGGCUUCAAAAUCUCAUUGCCGAACAGGUUGACAAGAUAUACAAUGAUAAUACAGAAAAUGAUUUAAAGAAGACUAAAACUGAAAAUAACGUUUUAUUAAAAAUAUUGCAUCAAUUUGAUUUGUUAGAGCAUUUGGAAAAUCAGCGUUUAGAAAAUUGUUUAAAUUAUUCACAAUCCAAGGAUAAUAAUCGAUCAAAUACAACAUUAGGUAAAAGCGCAAAAGUAAAUAUGUCACCAGUAGUUGAUGUUGCUAAACCCAAAGCAUCAAUUAACAUGUACUCAUUACCAUCCUUACAAAAACAAUUCAAGAAACAAAAAUUUGACCAAAUAAACUAUGUCCCGGUAGAGUUUACAAAGAAAUCGAAUACUAUUGAGGUCCCCAAGGUCAUUAUUCCAAAAUUAAUUACUACAUCAGCAGAUUCACCACCAUCUAUGGGUAAUAAAAAUAACUCACCAACUACAAAUUCAGAUUCUGAAACUUUAGCGACCCCAUUGGAAUAUUACGAAAUAACACAAGGUAUUCAGUCAUUCACCAGAAACCGCUAUUCAAAUAUUUUACCAUACGAGCAUACGAGAGUAAAGUUACAACCAUCGCCGAUUAGCGGCAUAAGACCUGUUGUUUUAGGCAAUAAUUCAUCUGCCAACAAUAGCUCCAAUAAUUUGACUGUGCAUGGUCAGGCUUUCACCAGCAAAACUGAGUCCAAAGAAAAUGAAGAUUCGUCGUAUUUUGAUAUGUCAGAAUCUGCUAGCACAUCAGAGGAAAAAAGUAAGCUACUAAAAGCUGAGGAAUUCAAUGACUAUUUUAAUGCUAAUUAUCUCAGAUUAUCUCAAAUUAAUCCUGAUUUUGAAUAUAUUGCCACUCAAGCACCUCUUCCAUCAACUGUGGAUGACUUCUGGAAAGUUAUCAUCACCAACAAAAUUCAUGUCAUUGUUUCACUACUUUCAAAUGAUGAACUAAAUUUGCGUAAAUGGCAUAUCUAUUGGAAUGCUGAUUUAAUGCGGAAACAUGAAGUUGUCUGUACGGAAACCUACGAAAAUGUUUGUGAUAUUGAUGGUUGCAUUUUGAGGAUAUUUAAAGUAAAGAGACAAUGCAUUGGUGCAUCAGCAAAUUCAUUGAAUCAUGGUGAACUAGAAACAGAACAAACGGUUUAUCAGAUACAAUACACAAAAUGGUUAGAUUCUUGCAGUGUGGAAAUGAAUAUAGUUCUAAAACUUCACCAUUUAAAAAAUGCUUUAGUGGAUAACCCUAUGGCAGUUUUAAAUGAUAUUAAAAUAGGAAAUACUAAAUGUUAUAACGACAACAGUUGUAGUUGUGUACACAAAACAACUAUGAAAAAUUAUCUUAAUGUAAAGACACCAAUUUUAGUUCACUGUUCUGCAGGCUGUGGAAGAACUGGAGUUUUUAUUACACUGGAUUUUUUAAUAAAUAUAUUAAACAAACGAAGCAAUAGAAACAAUAAAAUUAAUGUUUGGGACAUGUCAGAAGAUUUAAUUUUCAUUGUUGUUAAUGAACUUCGUAAACAAAGGAUUUCCAUGGUUCAAAAUUUUACUCAAUAUGUUACUUGUUAUGAGUCUAUUUUAGAGUAUUUUUCAUUAUUAAUUGAAAAUAAUCAUGCUGAUGAAGAGAAAAGGAAGAUCAACGACAGUUAA